GGGACGGGCUCGCCAGAGAAAUCCGAGAAGGGACGAGGAGAGCCCAAGGAGAACCAAUUUCGCACAAUGGCUUGGAUGAUCUCGUUGCCGACUUUGGCCGUGCUGGCUGCUGUUAAUGUGCAAUGGCUGCUGAACCCGAAGGCGGUUACUGCGAACGCGCAGCAGACUCUGCCUGCACAGGCUCAGGUGAUUGACCAGAGAAGCUUCAAUGUCUGGCCAACCGCUGUCCCACCAUCCACCGUUGCCAACGGCACUCAGACGUUUAUGCCGCCCGGAAUAUCUGCAGCCGACCUUUCGGCCAAGCCAUUCCACGUCUAUGAUGAGGACUUCUUGUCAGUGAUAGGUCAGAAUCCGACAUUGACGCUCAUUGCGGAGCAAGCAACGGAUCCUCUCUUCCACGAGGCUGUUGUGUGGUACGAGCCGACAGAUGAGGUCUUCUUCGCGCAGAAUGCGGGUGCCGCGGCAGCAGGGACUGGACUCAAUAAGUCUAGUAUCAUCCAGAAGAUCUCUCUCGCCCAGGUGGACGCGUUGAAGAACCUGACCAAUGCGACUGGGCAGGUGACGGUCACUGUCGUCCCGUCAAACCCAAUGGUCAUCAAUCCCAAUGGAGCCGGAGCCAGCAACACCUCAGAGGUCAUUCUCAUGAACCCUAGGGAGCCAUACAACACAACGGUCCUCCUGAACAACUACUUCGGCCGCCAGUUCAACUCGCUCAACGAUGCCGUCGUCCACCCCAUCAGCAAAGACCUCUACUUUACAGACACGCUGUACGGGUACCUGCAAGACUUCAGGCCGCCUCCUGGCCUGCGGAACCAGGUGUAUCGCUGGAAUGAUUCGACGGGCGCCGUCACUGUUGUUGCUGAUGAUUUCGUGCUUCCAAAUGGUAUCACCAUCUCUCCUGAUGGUAAAUAUGGAUAUGUCACGGACACGGGCAUCAAUGAAGGUUUCUGGGGCUACAACUUUUCCAACCCAGCCUCCAUAUACCGAUUCGACAUCCAAUCCGAUGGCACGUGGGACAACCGCAAGAUCUUUGCCUUUGUCGACUCUGGUGUCCCCGACGGGGUCCACGUCGACUCGGUCGGAAACGUUUAUGCUGGCUGUGGAGAUGGCGUUCAUGUCUGGAACCCCUCAGGGAAGCUCCUGGGCAAGAUCUACCUGGGCGACACGUCAGCCAACUUCCAGUUUGCUGGUGACGGCCGGCUGGUGAUUUGUGCAGAGACCAAGUUGUUCUAUGUAACACUUGCUGCUUCUGGGGAUUAUUCCGCAGGACAGAUGUAGAUAUCUGCUCUUUACUGUCUUGGACGUUCAGGUGGAAACGCAGAAAAGCUGUCAGACUGCAGUCUCUCUGACUCUAUCAACACUCUCACAAUCUACUGUGAAGACUCCGGCCUAUAGCUGUCAUGUUUUGCACACUGUUUUUACUCCUGAUAAGAGAUGCCUAUGCGAUGACCAAGUGUUUUUCAG